AUGUGGCGGGAGCUCUGCUUGGGGAACUUCGUGCUCCUAGUGGAGGAGGAGGAAGGAGAACGGCCAGGCGAGGGAUGCGGCGCAGACAAACCCGAAGAAUCAUUGAGAUCAGCGAGCAAGCAAGCAAGCCAGAAAUUUCGCACUGAGGAAUUCGAAUUGCCGAGCAGGGUUGCGGGGGAGAUUUGACGAAGUUUUGCAUUUGCCAUGGCUCUGGGUAUGCAAGUGGGUGUGCAACCCCAGGCGCAGCCUACGACUGGGUUGCUAUGCCAACGCAGCGGCGGAGGGAUUGCUGCAGCUCAUUUGAAGUCUUUUCAUCUGUCUUCCUCCUCGUCUGGUUUUCGAGGCCGGUUGCAAGUGGCGGCAGUGGCCCCUGCGAGUGUGAAGGCGGGUACCCGAGCGAGCUCCGUGCUUGUCAGGUGUGAUGCUGCCACCGCAGUGGACGGGACGGCGGCGACUGCUGCUCGACCCUGGAAGACGUCCGACUGUCGGCUAGUGCUAGAGGAUGGGUCAAUUUGGCGUGGGAAGUCCUUUGGAGCUACUGGUACCCAAGUUGGUGAAGUGGUUUUCAACACUUCUUUGACCGGUUACCAGGAAAUUUUGACGGACCCAAGUUACUCUGGCCAAUUCGUACUCAUGACUCAACCCCAUAUCGGCAACACUGGGAUCAAUCUUGAUGAUGAGGAGUCUGGCCAGUGCUUCACGGGCGGAUUGAUCAUUCGCAGCCUUAGUAACAUAGUAUCAAAUUGGCGGUCUUCAGAAGAGCUUCCUGAAUACCUUAGGAAAAGAAAUGUUAUGGGAAUCUCUGAUAUUGACACUCGGGCCAUCACUAGGCGUUUGCGGGAGGAGGGUAGUUUGAUAGGUGUGCUCACUACAGACAAAUCCAAGACUGACGACGAACUAAUGGAGAUGGCUAAAACCUGGAAGAUAGUAGGAAAGGACUUAAUUUCUGAUGCAAGCUGCACCGAACCUUACGAAUGGAAAGAUAAAACCGAUAGCGAGUGGGAGUUUAGUCCAAAUGUUCCGGAUGCAGACGAUACGAAGUUCCAUGUGGUGGCAUACGAUUUUGGAGUAAAGCAAAAUAUUCUGAGGAGGCUAACUUCGUAUGGGUGCAAAAUAACUGUUGUCCCAUCCACAUAUCCAGCCUCAAAAGUGUUGGAUCUCAAUCCGGAUGGAAUCCUUUUUAGCAAUGGACCCGGUGACCCUUCCGCUGUUCCCUAUGCUGUCAAAAGUGUGCAGGACUUGGUAGGCAAAGUCCCAGUCUUUGGAAUUUGCAUGGGUCACCAGUUACUAGGCCAGGCACUUGGAGGUACGACAUUCAAGAUGAAAUUUGGUCAUCACGGUGGAAAUCAUCCAGUUCGCCACUUGCCCACCGGCCGCGUGGAAAUCAGUGCCCAGAAUCACAAUUAUGCUGUAGAUCCCGACACACUUCCUGAGGGUGUGGAAGUCACACAUAUUAACCUGAAUGAUGGGACUUGUGCUGGCCUUGUAUUCCCUGCUAUGAAAGCGAUGAGCAUUCAGUAUCAUCCUGAGGCUUCCCCUGGCCCUCAUGAUUCUGACCAAGCUUUCUUUGACUUUGUUGAAAUGAUGAGGAAGAAUAAGUCGCAGUCUUGAGAUAAAAUAAUUGUGCAAAGAAGGAGAAGUGAAUGGAGCAUUCUUAUUUUUUAAAGCUGUAUCUGCUAAAGGGGAGAAGAGACUUAAAAGUCAUAAUCUUUUAGAAUUUCUCUCUGGUGUAGUGGUAAUUAGGUAGCAACCUAAGAAAGAUGAAGAAAUCAAAGCUGAUUGCCACUAGAGAAGGUGCGUUCAUUGUAAAGACCCUUUCCCUCAAAGUUUACAAUGAGAAGCUCACGUUGCCCUCUUUCAAGCUAAGUUCUUGAAUCAGCAUGUUGGAUGUAUGGUAGAACCUAAAACUACUGAGGCUUCUGUGUGUUAACGCACAAUCUAACAGUUAUAUGAUACAUAUACAGCAGCUAUUUGAUGGUAAUUGAGAAGUCUCGCUUAUAUUUUUUCA